AUGCCGUGCGUCCAAACGCAGUGCGGCUCGUCCCCUCCGGGAGCCAGCCCGGCGUCGCAGGGCGCCGGCGGGGAGCGCAGCUGCGACCUCCUCACGCCGGAGUUCGUCAAAUUCAGCAUGGAUCUCACCAACAGCGAGGUCCCCGCCACCACGGCCGCCCCCGCUUUCGGUGCCUUGGUAGACAGCUACGGCUCCGGCUACGACAUCAAGCCGCCCUGUCUCUUCCAAAUGCCGGUUCAAGGGGAGCUGUCGUGCGUCAAAGUGGAGGACACUAGCGCUCGUGGAUACCAGUCAAACCAGCAUCACCCUCAUCCACACCAGCCCGAAGAACUGCUCUCCCCGCCCGGGCCCGUUUAUUAUAGGUCUCCGUCUCCUCACGCGCAGAUCUCCAAUUUCCAGAGCCUUCCCGGACACCUGUGGGAGGACUCCGGCUCUCUGUACAGCUUUCGUCAAGAUUAUUUUGCGACGGCGCACAGGAAAAGCGCACUAUCCAGGUUCUCGCUUUUUUCUUUCAAACACGCCCAGCACGGAAACCAGGACUUUUCCACGUGCCAGAUGAAAUUUGACGGCUCCCUACAAGUGUCCAUGAACUUGGACGUGGCCGGGGCGCACCAGCCUUUGGAGGGUCCCGGGCUUUUGGGUUCCGGCGGGCUCGGCAAACAGCCCGGAAUCGGCUUUCCUCACAACCUGCAGCUCUCUCACGGUCAUCACUACGUGGAUUACCAGAGUCCGUCUCCGCCCUGCCGGCCGUCUCUCAACACGGAGGGCCUGUGCGCGGUCUGCGGAGACAACGCCGCCUGCCAGCAUUACGGGGUGCGCACAUGUGAAGGCUGCAAGGGGUUCUUCAAGCGCACGGUCCAGAAAAACGCCAAGUACGUGUGUCUGGCUGCUAAGAGCUGCCCGGUGGAUAAGCGCCGGAGGAACAGAUGCCAGUACUGCCGCUUCCAGAAGUGUCUGGCGGUGGGGAUGGUCAAAGAGGUGGUCAGGACGGACAGUCUGAAGGGUCGUCGUGGUCGUCUGCCCUCCAAAGCCAAAGCUGUGCCGGACUCCUCGUCCGUCGCCGCGCUCCUCAGCUCCCUCGUCAGGGCGCACGUGGAGUCCAACCCGUCCCCCUCGCGCCUCGACUACUCCAAAUUUCAGGCGAGUCCUGGCAGUCCGGCCGGAGACAACGCGGAACACGUCCGCCAUUUCUACAACGUGCUGACCAGCUCGAUGGAGAUCAUCCGAGGUUGGGCGCAAAAGAUUCCCGGUUUUCCAGCUCUCCCCAAGCACGACCAAGACCUCCUGUUCCACUCCGCUUUCCUGGAGCUCUUCGUCUUGCGGCUGUCAUACAGGUCCAACCCGGAGGAGGGCAAGAUCAUCUUCUGUGACGGCUCCGUGCGGCACAGGCUGCAGUGUCUGCGGGGCUUUGGGGAAUGGAUCGACAGCAUCGUGGAAUUCUCCGCGAACCUCCAAAGAAUGAAUUUAGACGUGUCCACGUUCUCGUGCAUAUCCACCCUCGCCCUGGUCACAGACAGACACGGCCUGACGGAGCCCAGGAAGGUGGAGGAGAUGCAGAACACGGUGGUCAGGUGCUUGAAGGACAAUGUGAAUUCAAACGAGGGGAGCUCUUGCCGACCGAACCAUCUGUCCAAACUCCUGGAGAAGCUUCCCGAACUUCGCACGUUGUGCGUGCAGGGCUUGCAGCGGAUUUUCUACCUGAAACUGGAGGACUUGGUGCCGCCGCCCGCCGUCAUAGAGCAGCUGUUCCUGGACACGCUGCCGUUUUAG